AUGUUGAGCGUUGGCGCGCUCGCUUUGGAUUCCUCUCGCAUACAAAAAAUGACGCGCGUUUUUGGAGCUGGUGAGGAAAAUGCUGACGCGUUCAAGGUACAUCGUUUGAUCGGUCUUUCAACGUGUUUGACGUGUAGGCGACGAUAGUAGUCAGCUGAGGGAUAUUUAUUACUCUUAACGUCUUUUUAUGGACUCAAAUGGCCGUCGAAAAUAUCCUGUUUAUGUGGAAAUAUUUCAUCGGAGAGAGUCAUUGAAUUUGAGAAUGUUCUGAAUAGAAGAAGAGGUAUUAAUUUAAACGACCUGUACACUCUUCUGAAGGAUGUUUAUCACUCGUAAGGACUUUUUAUGGACUCAAAUGACCGUCGAAAAUAUUGGAGAGCGUCAUUACAUUUGUGAAUGGUCUGAAUAGAAGAAGACGUAUUAAUUUAAACGACCUUUACACUCUUCUAAAGGAUAUUUGUCACUCGUAAUUACUUUUUAUGGACUCAAAUGACCGUCUAAAAUAUCAGAGAGCAUCACUGAAUUUGAGAAUGUUCUGAAUAGAAGAAGACGUAUUAAUUUAAACGACCUGUACACUCUUCUGAAGGAUAUUUGUCACUCGUAAUUACUUUUUAUGGACUCAAAUGACCUACUAAAAUAUCAGAGAGCAUCUCUGAAUUUGAGAAUGUUCUGAAUAGAAGAAGACGUAUGAAUUUAAACGACCUGUACACAUUCAUUCAUUCCUUCUGAAUGAUAUUUAUCACUCCCAAGGACUUUUUAUGGACUCAAAUGAACGUCGAAAAUACUGAAUUUGGGAACGUUCUAAGAAUGUUUGGUUGUUUAUUUAAAAUUUGUUGUAGUUAAUGUUAACAUUUGGUUGGUGAGUCUCGUUUGAUGGGGUUCUCAGCCUGUUUGCGACGACAUAUGACAAAAAUCUGCUGAGGGAUAUUUAUUAAACUUAAGGACUUUUUAUGGACGCAAAUGAUCGUUGCAAAAUCAUCUUUAUGUGGAAUUACUUACAUGAAAAACGUCAUUGAAUUUGGGAAUGCUUUAAAUAGAAUGGAACGAAACGCAGGGAACUGAUUUUAUUAGUACUGUUAUACUAAAGUCUGAAGAAAGUUAUAUCAAAAUUUGGAUCAGCUGAACUUAACUUAAAGAGUUGGUCGCAAGCUACAUCCAUUGGUGAUGCCGGAGGUCACUUCCACCAGAAGUGAUAAGCUAGCGUCCAAAGGCAUUAUGGUUUUAUGCAACACAACGGCGACCAAGGACUGGAGCUAUUUUCUCUCUCAGAUAUUGCCUCUUGUGAAUAAAUCAGCGGGAUUUGUUCAUCAGAGUAUGGAUCAGGUGGAUGCGGUAACGAGCGCCAUGGUGACUUCUCUUGAACCCGACCUGAGCGGGAUGAGCGCCAGUCACCCGCCGCUCAACUCAAAUCACACGUCCGGGAUGGAGCAUGUCUUCCAGUACUCAUACUCGGAGAAUGACCUGCAGUACACGGACUACAAAACUCCGCCGAGGGACUCAAUACUGCUGCCCAAGUCGGUGCUUUACCUGGUCAUGGCCGCGCUGGUGGUGGUCGCCGUGGCGUACGCGAUCGUCGGACAUCUGGUGAAAGAUCUCGUUCACGAAUGUAUUGAGUGGGCAUUCAUGCCACGUUCAGACAACAGGAGGAACAAGCGUGACAUAAACUGCAUCAGCAUGAAUGAAAUGAACGAACUGCCUCGUCCAGUGGACACACACUGCAUCAUUUACAAUCACUCCGACUCCACGAGCACCAUUAAGCCAGAAGAACUGGUGGUGACCAUCGAUGAAACCUUGCAGAUACCUCGUGAAGAUUACAGUGGAACCUAAAUUUAAGAAAAACAGCCACUAAUUUGAUUCAACCCUUUAUAAUAAGGAGAAAAGCAAGUUUGCUUCAGUUUGAUCAGCAUCUGUAAUGCUGAGAGAGCUGUAACAAUGAAGUCACAUGACAUUUGGUGGAAGACUUAACUGGGGAUGAGGAAAAGGAGACGUAUCUGGGAGACUUUAGAAAGAAGGGAAUCAUUUACAAAUGAAGUACAUGACAUUCUUAAAACUCUUUAUCAGAGUGCUGUUACAGACUAUAUAUUUCAAAAAUGGAUGUGAACCACAGAAAGUCGAGACAUUUCUUUAUCAAUCAUGGCUGUCUUAUCACACAAUAUUUUUCUUGUUUUGUGGAGACAUGCACUGUGAAUCUAGAAUAGUGUUCAGCUUUUGUUUUUUCCUACUUCCCCUGCUAUGUUUAUAUUUUUAAAGAAUUUCAGGGUUUUCCAUUUUUGCACAGUAUGUGCAGUUAUUCACAACUCCCCUUUAGGUUUUCUGCAAUCAACUAUGCUACUUGACAAAACGAUUAUGAAAAUAGUUAAUCCUCACUGAAUUGCAAACAAACAAACAAACAAACAACAACAACAGUGUUUUGUUUACUUUUCAUCUGAGGCAGUGUGAUCGAAAACUUUAUAAUAGAGAGAGACACUACACAAACACUGCUCACUGAAAAAAACAAAUAUGUAAAAAACACCAGUUAUACACGCUUAUAAAUGAUAUUUGAUAAUAUAAGUGUAUAAUAUGUGUUGAAAAAAAAAAUGUCCUGUUUACAUCUAAGGGCUAUAAGUUCAGGUCUUGUUGUUAAGUAGUUUUUCCUCUGUUGCUAUCAAAACAGAGCUUUCAGAAUAUCACAUUUUUAAAAACAGAAAAUCUGAAUGGAUAGAUUUUCAAAUUCAAAAUGUACAAUAAGGGACAAUUUUGAAAAUUGCCAGAAUAUUCUCAGCUGUUUCAAACUGACAAAAAAGGCAAAAAAUAACAGUUGCAUUAAUGUUAAUAUAAACAUAAAAGCAUCUUACUGCCAAGUGCAUUAAAGACAAACAUUUUAUCAAUUUGUGUGUUUCCUGGGAAUUGAACUCAUGAUCUUGGCAUUGACAGCACCUUGCUGUACAGUGUACCUCUGUUAACUUCCCCUGCUCUCUAUCUUUUUUUUUUUUUUUAAAUAAA